UCUGUCAAUUUUUCCCGCGCUUUAAUCGAGAAGAACCAGCGAGGCAUCUCACAAAAAAAAAAUAUUAAAACCAACUCUUAAUUCAGUGUUUAAACAACAGAAAAUAAAAAGCAACUAAAUCUGAAAUGUCAAGUCCCGCUCGAUCGCCCAGUGUCGGUUCUGCUACCCCAAAGCAAGCUGCGGGAGCCCGAACACCAACCAGAGGCAUUGCAACGCAGGAUGUGGAGACGCCCAUGCGAAUGGGUCCUGGCCGUGCAGCCAGGCCAUCGGACAACAUCAGUUUGCCACCCACAUCGCCGGGAAAUAUUAGCCUGCCUGCAACGAGCCCAGCGCGCGGUCUCGGAGUCAACAUGAGUGAGAUCGACCUGAGUUCACCCCUCAACUACGGCACGCCCAGCUCCAUGGGCUCCAUUCGCACGCCCCGGUCGGGCAUUCGCGGUACUCCGCUGCGUGCUCGUCCCGAUAUCCGGACAGACAAGCGAAUUCGUCAAGUGGCCAUUGGUGGCGGCUCUGGUCUGGAACCAAUACCCGAAAAGGGCUCAGAGACUACAGAUCCCGUCUCGGAGUCUUCGCAAGCUCCCCAGCUAGUCGUCUGGGGCACCAAUGUGGUUGUGAGCCAGUGCAAGUCAAAGUUCAAGUCGUUCAUCAUGCGCUUUAUCGAUCCGACCGCCGAGCAGGAUGAAAUCUCGGAGAACAUUGAUGUCAAUCAGCCGCUCUAUCUGCAAAAACUCGAGGAGAUUCACACACUGGAGGAGCCGUAUCUGAAUUUGAACAGUGCCCAUCUAAAGACCUUUGAUCAGGACUUGUACCGCCAGCUGAUCUGUUAUCCUCAGGAGGUGAUUCCCGGCUUCGACAUGGCCAUCAAUGAGAUGUUCUUCGAACGGUAUCCGGCCGCCCUGCUGGAGCACCAGAUACAGGUGCGUCCCUUCAAUGCCGACAAGACGCGCAAUAUGCGCUCCCUCAAUCCCGAGGACAUGGAUCAGUUGAUCAGUAUUUGCGGCAUGGUCAUCCGAUCCUCGAACAUCAUACCGGAAAUGCGCGAAGCCUUCUUCAGCUGCAACAUCUGCUCCUUCAGCACCACCGUCGAGGUGGAUCGCGGUCGCAUUUCGCAGCCAACGUUGUGCACCAACUGCAACACCAAUCACUGCUUCCGUCUCAUCCACAAUCGGUCCGAGUUUACGGACAAGCAGCUCAUCAAGCUGCAGGAAUCGCCCGACGACAUGGCUGCUGGUCAGACGCCCCACAACGUCCUUCUCUAUGCCCACAACGAUCUCGUCGACAAGGUCCAGCCCGGCGAUCGUGUCACAGUGACUGGUAUCUAUCGUGCCACGCCCCUCAAGGGCAGUGGCCAGCAAGUGAAGAGCGUGUACAAGACCCACGUCGAUGUUGUGCACUUCCGUAAAGUGGACAACAAGCGUCUGUACGAGGAUGAGGAAGGGAAGGAUCACAUUUUCCCGCCAGAGCGCGUUGAGCUGCUGCAGUUGCUGGCCAAGAAACCGGAUAUUUACGAUCGGCUGGCCAGGGCCAUCGCCCCCUCCAUUUAUGAGAACGACGACAUCAAGAAGGGAGUCCUCCUGCAGCUGUUCGGUGGCACCAAGAAGAAACACGCGACCCUGGGACGCCAGAACUUUAGGUCGGAGAUCCACUUGCUGCUCUGCGGUGAUCCGGGCACAUCAAAGUCUCAAAUGCUGCAGUACGUCUACAAUCUAGUGCCGCGCUCGCAGUACACCUCGGGACGGGGCUCUUCGGCCGUCGGCCUAACCGCCUAUGUGACCAAGGAUCCAGAAACACGCCAGCUUGUUCUGCAGACGGGUGCUCUGGUGCUGGCCGACAACGGUGUCUGUUGCAUCGAUGAGUUCGACAAAAUGAACGAUUCGACGCGCAGUGUUCUCCACGAGGUAAUGGAGCAGCAGACGCUGAGCAUUGCCAAGGCAGGAAUCAUCUGUCAGCUGAAUGCACGCACCUCGAUACUCGCAGCUGCCAAUCCCGCCGAGUCGCAGUGGAACAAGCGCAAGAACAUCAUCGACAACGUACAGUUGCCACACACCCUGCUCUCGCGGUUCGAUCUGAUUUUCUUGGUGCUGGACCCACAGGACGAGAUAUUCGACAAGCGUUUGGCCAGCCAUUUGGUCUCGCUCUACUACGUCACCAGGCACGAGGAGGAGGAUACCAUGUUUGACAUGAGUGUUCUGCGCGAUUACAUUGCCUAUGCCCGCGAGCAUUUGGCCCCCACUCUGUCGGACGAGGCCCAGCAGCGCCUGAUCCAAGCCUACGUCGAUAUGCGCAAGGUUGGUGCUGGACGUGGCCAGAUCUCGGCCUACCCUCGCCAGUUGGAGAGCCUAAUACGGCUGUCCGAAGCGCACGCCAAGGUACGGCUCAGCAACGAGGUUGAGUUGUUGGAUGUCGAGGAGGCCUGGCGACUCCAUCGCGAGGCCCUGAAGCAAUCAGCGACGGAUCCCCUCUCUGGCAAAAUCGACGUCGGCAUAUUGACCACUGGUCUCUCUACGGCUGCGCGCAAGAAGCGCGCAGAUCUGGUGGCAGCCAUUAAGGAGAACUUGAAAAAGAAGGGCAAAGUUCCCACAGUUCCCUAUCAAAAACUAUUCAAGGAGAUAAAGGAGGGCUCCCAAAUUUUAAUCACGCGCGAACAGUUUGAGGAUGCCCUGAAGGAAGUGCAGGAUGAAGGCGCCAUUGUUGUUAUGGGAAAAAAUACAAUUCGCAUAUGUUAAUUUAAUUUCGGCUGAUGCCAACCGCUCAUUCAUUCCCAUCAUCUUUACAAAAUCAUUUUAAAAUACAAAAAUAAAAAGUACAAGAAUUCAA